UUUAAUAUUUUUAUAUCAACAAUGAGUUCAGAAGCGUUGCCAUCGGCACCCAAGGCGGACGUUUUAUCUAAAUUUGUUAUAGCCAAAAGUAAUACAUCCAAAACUAAUAUGCACAAAGUGACAAAAACAAUAGUUACUUCUCCUCAUAUUUAUAAACCUGUCGGACCUUACAGUCAAGCAAUAUUAGCUGACAAGACGUUGUACGUGUCGGGUGUCCUCGGCUUGGAUAGAGAUGCACAGUUGGUGUGUGGUGGCGCAGAAGCACAAACUCGACAGGUGCUUGACAAUUUACGUCACGUGCUAGAAGCUGGUGGCGCUUCCCUGGAGUCUGUCGUAAAGGUCACCAUUCUAUUGGACAGUAUGGCUGAUUUUCAAGUGGUCAACCAGGUCUACGCUGAAUAUUUCCCUAAGGAUUGUCCCGCGCGUGCUACGUACCAAGUGGGCAAGUUGCCCCUGGGGGCGGCGGUGGAGAUCGAGGCGAUCGCGCUGAGCGGCGACCUCGUCGUCGCCGAGGCGGGCCCCUGUCCCUGUGCGCGUACUUAACUCAUUUAUAUACAAGGUUAAAACCUCACACCACUUAUAUAGGUACCCCAUUUGUAAACUACCUUAUAAAACAUUCAACAGAUUAGAAAAAUUAACGCCCAAAAUAACAAUAGACGUUAACUAGGAGGAUAAAGAUCACCUAUUUAAAUGGCCAUAU